ACACACCGAAACGAUGAAGAUGACGACGAUACUGGAUUGGGGAAACGAGACGACGUUGCUGACGAACGGCAACAGCAAGUUCGCCGAGAACGGGAAGAAGGAUACAACAACGACGCGAAUUUGGACAAAACUUCGCAUGAACGAGUCGACGGUCAGCCUUACGUUCCUAACGCUGUCAAUCUCGAUGGUUCUGUGGAAGUUCUGCAUUAAUUACGGGAAACUCAUGCCGUGGCAGAUCAGCAAUCGGCACUCUAUGCCUUCGGUUACUCAGAUGUACGAUACAAUACCGAGUAUGUCCGUUCUAUCCAAAGUAGACGUGAAACAAUUGUCAGCGGAUAGGUUCUUGAACGUCAGUGGUCAGUAUGCGGAAACAGCUGCCGAUACCCUGGUCUCGGUUUACGGACAAUACAACUGGCUGUUGAAGGCGACGAUGAGCGGGCUUGUGAUAACCAGUUUCAGUUGGUUCAUUCUCUACAAGGACAGCAGUAUACCCGGCGUCAAUCCACCGUCCCCCUUCAGCCCUUCCAGGCAAAGAACAUGCGAAAGACGCGUUGGAUCUGUCGAAAAUGCAAGAAACCACCAAGCAAGUGGAAUUGCAGACCGAAUUGAAAAAGUACGAGGCCAGCAUCGAGCAGCUUAAAGCGGAGCAAAAGCGGGUUGAAGGUGAGGAGAGAAGAAAAACUAUACAAGAAGAGACCAAGCAGCAUCAGAUGAGGGCGCAGUAUCAGGAUCAAUUAGCUAGGAAACGUUACGAGGAUCAAUUAAUGCAGCAACAGAAAAUGAACGACGAGAAUCUAAGAAGACAGGAAGAAUCGGUGGCGAAACAAGAAGCCAUGAGGAAAGCAACGAUAGAACACGAGAUGGAAUUGAGACACAAAAAUGAGAUGAGAAAAUUAGAUGCGGAAUUAAAAGCGAAAGCAAAGAUUGAUAGAGAAAAUCAAGAUCUUAACUUAGAACAGAUUCGAUUAAAAGCUUCGGAGAAGAGAAUUACUGUUUUAGAAUCAAUAAAAACAGCUGGUUCAGUAUUGGGUUCGGGAGCGAAGGCUCUGCUCGAGGACUGGGAUAAGAUUCUCGCAGCAGCCGGCGGACUGUCGCUCGUGGCCUUCGGAAUAUACACCGCCAAGGGUUCGACCAGCGUGGCGUCGCGCUACAUCGAGUCCCGCUUGGGAAAACCGUCGUUGGUGCGCGAAACUUCGCGAUUCUCGUUCCUCGACACUGUUCGCCAUCCGAUUCUCGCGGCGAAACGGCUAAAGAGCAAACAAACGGACGCGUUAUCCGGUGUAAUUCUCGCGCCCAAACUGGAGGAGCGGUUGCGGGACGUCGCAAUCGCCACAAAGAACACGAAGCAGAAUCGCGGCAUGUACAGGAACAUACUUAUGCACGGUCCGCCGGGUACCGGCAAAACGAUGUUCGCGAAGAAGCUGGCGGAGCACUCGGGUAUGGAUUACGCGAUCGUAACAGGCGGCGAUCUAGCGCCGCUCGGUCGAGACGGCGUGACCGCCAUUCACAAGGUAUUCGAUUGGGCGUUAACGUCGCGGAAGGGACUGCUGCUGUUUAUCGACGAGGCGGACGCAUUUUUGCGGAAACGCUCGAGCGAGCACAUCUCCGAGGAUCUGCGAGCGAUGCUGAAUGCGUUUUUGUAUCGCACCGGCGAACAGAGUAACAAGUUCAUGCUUGUGCUCGCCUCAAAUACGCCCGAACAGUUCGAUUGGGCGGUGAACGAUCGAUUGGACGAGAUGGUGGAAUUUCGUCUUCCGGGUCGCGAGGAGCGCGAGCGUCUGGUUCGGCUCUACUUCGACAAGUUCGUUCUACAGCCGGCCAUCGAGGGCAACAAGCGAUUGAAAGUCGCUCAAUUCGAUUAUAGCUCGCUGUGCAGCAAAAUGGCAGAUCUAACGGAGGGAAUGUCCGGCAGAGAAUUGGCGAAACUCGGAGUUUCGUGGCAGGCGGCCGCCUACGCCUCGGAGGACGGUGUGUUGACGGAGAAAAUGGUUAUGGACAGAUGUCUUGAGGCUGUCAAACAACACAAACAAAAGGUGCAGUGGCAGAGCGAGCAAGAAAAGCAGGAAUCGAAGUCGAUAUACGCCACGGAGGACGACGCGGUUGUUCGUUCGACGACUUCGAAGAUUCCGGCGAUAGAGCCGUGUCCUGGAAAUACAAUAGCUCCGGCUUAGAGAGAUACGGGACUAAUAGGCACCAGGGUUCAAUCGUCGAUAGUCUUCGAAUGAGAGAUCGGGCUACUAGAAAAAUCAGUUACUAAGGACAAUUAGUGCUUAAGCGCUAAAAAAAUUGAAGACAAAGUACAAACGACGCCGGGAAGAAGAUUAUUCUGGCGAUCUUUGUAUUUAUAUCAACGUGAUCCAACGUUUCCGAAAGAAGCGAGAUCUUGGGUUUGCAAGAUUCGACAGUCACAAAUGUCACUUGUUACAAAUGUACAUUCAUAUAGAAUAAUUAAAUUUUGAUCCUAAUA